ACUAAACUUGUUAACUGUUUGAACGAUGCAUAAACAAAACGCCGUUAUUUAUAAAGCAUUGCUUGAAGCAGCUAUUUCGGCGGUAUUUACCCGUUUUUGUUAGUUUUUCAUUGCUUAUUUGUGCCAAAGAUUUAACAACAUGCAAGAAGGCGAGGAAAGAACAUCCGAGGAUGUCAGGAAAAUAAUAAAAACUGCAAAACUCCACGAGUCGGAGCUAACUGAGGUGACCCAAGUAUUGAGGUUCCCUGACGCCGGCAGCCAGAAACAAAACCUCAGUCUGAUGCUGCUCGACGCUAAUUUACUGAAAGAAAUCGAGGAGGGCAAUGAACUGGUAUUCAAAGGCGAUCCUGAAGAAAACGUCGUCCUCUGCACAUCCACCAAAACAUACGAUGUUAAAGAGGCGGAGACUUCCAACAGCCUAUUAUUAGUGCCAGACUUGCUUUUCGCUGCCAACACAGGCUUAGAUGAGACCAUAGCCAAUAACUCUAUGGAUGAUUCCGACACAUCCUUUGAGAAAUCUAAUAAUUCCUUAAACAAAUCCACUGAAUCUGAUGAAGGUGACAAACCUCCAAGAAAAAUAGAAUACAAAGAAGUUAUAAACACUUUUUUUACUUAUUACGAACUGAAACCGUGUAAACCUCGUUUAAAUAAGUUGCAGAAAUUGCUAGAAGCUUCUAGAUUCCAAGGUCCAGAGCUGGAAUAUGCCAUCGACAAAUCUACGCUUUUAACUUAUGAAGCGAUUUUCGAAGAAGUCCAAGCGUCGAGAACUGAAUUAAAUCAGGAACUUGAGAAUAUUCAAGCUAUUGAAAUAGACGGUUUCUAUAGACUACUUGAGUUUGACUACGAAUUUAGAGUUCUAUCAUACAUGCUCGACCUUAUUGAAGAGAAUUCUUGGCCUUUAGAGAGAAUAUCUAAAGAAAUAACUGUAGAAAGUUUGAAGGACUUAGUUCCUUCGCCGAUUAUAGAAAGUAUGUUCAAGUUUUAUACUGAAGAGUCUGUAGAGGAAGAUGGGGUUCAGUAUUAUAAGUAUAAUCAGGAGAAAGUGUGCAGGUUUUUGGCGAGAGUUUUGUUGAAGAGUGCUGGCAAAUUCAAUUUGACAGAGUUUAUGCAGGCUUGGAGGGAUUCAGUUCCGGAGGGAAUGGUAACAGAUGAGUCAAUGCUAUGGGGCAUAGCGCUGGUGGACUCGAGCAGCUCCCCGCCGGUGGUGUGGGGCUUCACGGAGGCCGAGCUGCCCGCGAACAUCAACGAGCGGUUCAAGGUUCUGUUCCGGGCCAAGCCCAAGUGGACCGUCGAACAGAUAUCGCCGUACAUCGAAUGUUACGCCACAGAAAAGCUGAACGUCAACGCCCUCCUGACUAAAUACGCGCGAGCCUCCACGCAAGAUGGAGUCAGGGUAUUCUCAGCAAAACAUAUGAAAUAAGUACUGAACCUUAUUGUUAAGUUAUUAAGGUAUAAUAUUGUAUAAAACUGAACAACGCUCUCCUGACUAAAUACGCGCGAGCGUCCACACAAGAUGGCGUCAGGGUAUUCUCAGCAAAAUAUAUGAAAUAAGUACUCAACCUUAUUGUUAAGUUAUUAAGGUACAAUAUUGAAUAAAACUGAACAACGCUUUCUUGAUGAGAUACGCGCGAGCGUCCACGCAAGAUGGGCCUGUGUUCUCAAAAAACAUUAACCUCUAGCCGCCCAUACGUCAAACCUUGCCAAGCAAAAUGAAAUUUUAUUUUGUCAACACGAAGUUCAAAUUAGAAUGGAAUAUGAGACCUUUUUAUGGGUCUCUGGGCGGCUAGAGGUUAAAUAAAUACUGAAGUACCUUGUUGUUAAGUUAUUAAGGUAUAAUUUACAAUGAAAUCUUCUACGCAAGCUGACGUUAGUGUUCUCAGACAAACGUGAAAUUAAGUUAUGAGAUAGAUAUAUAAGUGCGGGCAAUUAAAUAGCUGAUUACUCGGUUAAUCAAUUAAAUUGGCUACAAUCUCCAUACCUACAAAAGUUUUUCAUUAAAACAUGAAACAAUCGAAUUGCCAACUUGAUAUUUUAGAAAAUUUUCUUUUUUGCGUUCACACCAUUCGAUUUGAUUGGUCACUAACAAUCGAAUUGUUUGGAAAUUGAGGUAAUCAAGUUAUGUGAAAGGUUGCUAAUUAGGUGAACCACUGGUUUGACAUUAAAAUCAAUACACAAAUGUAAAAAUAAACGUUUAUUUUAAAAUCUCAUUUCUUAUUACAAUAAAUCAUUAAAAAUCAA